AUUCCCUCGGUUUUUAACGUUUCAAAAAUAUGUGCGGCCCGCCAAUGACUUGCAAGAUGCAACCUUUAAUUUUGGCUCGCGAACGACAAAAGUUUGCCGACCCCUGAUCUAGAACUAUCAGUCAUUAUCAGGCUACAAGAUUUCAAAUGAUUCAGCGAAAAGACAAAAAGCAUUUUAUCAUUUAUAUUAAAUCAUUUACAUAAAGCAAUAAUGUAAAAAAAUUGACGCAUAAUGGAUUAUAAAAACAAAAAUGAAAGAGAAAAAUCGUAGCCCUGUCAUAUAUAUAAAAUAUGAAUGUCUAAAACAUUUAUCUACACUUCACAAAACCAGGGAUCAUUACUAUUGAUUGAAUAUACACAAUUAAUUGCAUUUGGUUUAAUUUAAAAAGUUUUGAUUAAAUACACAGCUGAGUUCAUACAAUGUCUUCACAAUCUUCUUCAAUUAAAUAUUUUAUCUAGCAUUUUUACAGACUUACUUUGCUAGUUUCAUUAUGCAUUGUAAAUAAUGUCUAUAAAACAUUCUACAUUGCGAUGAGGACGUUCUGAAAACAUCUGUGCAUACAGUUACUUACAGAAUAUGGAUUCAUAGAGAUUAGCACAAUAAAUAUGAUAUUUAACUGCACAAUUUCACUCCGGAAUGAUGAAAAAUUUCUAGCAUACAAAGAUGUUUUGAGGCCUGCCAUAUAUAUAAAAUAUGAAUGUCUAAAACAUUUAUCUACAUUUCACAAAACCAGGGAUCAUGGAAACCGGCAGAAUACAUUCCAACUUCCAAGCUAAUAUUUUCAAUGAAUAGAAAAGCUAUAUUGAGCCAAAGUAUCAAAGGUUCAUAGAUGAUCUCUUAUGAGGUUUGUUUAUAAAAAAAAUAUUUAGUUAUCAGUUAUAUUUGUUGUGGCUGGGGAGCCAGACAUGUCAGAUGAAGUUGGAACUACCAGAGAUUUUAGUGGCUCCAGUUUUUAACCUUAUAAUUAUUUUCCAACAUUUAUAAUAUUCUGAUGCAUGAUACAAAUAGUAAAAUCUAUCGUUCCAGAUCAUAAAUUUUUAAAAUUUCAAUUCAUGAUAUUAUGUUAAAGGUUAAAUUUAUAUAUUUAAAACUUUAUAUCAUAGUUUUGAGUCCCGCUUCCACAAAACUGCAUUUGGGCAUAUAUUACAUGUUGGUGGUCACACUUAAAAAGCAGAAGCCGGAACCACCUUUGAAUAAUGUUAAUUUCAUUGCUCGAGACUAAUGAAAUAUGACAAAAAAAGUUAUUUGCAAAAAAGAGAUACAGAAAAGACCUUGGAAAGAAUCACAAAAUGCAUGCAAGUUCCAGUAAACAGUUGCAGAAACUGUUUGAUUAAUUUUAACGACAACAGUUCUAGUAAUACGUAAUCAUAUCACAUUAUGAUGCCCUAACUUUGUGUUUUCCGAGAGAAAGGAGAGAGGAAUCACCACGAUGACAAAUAGGAUAGGAAUGACGAAUCGUGCCUAGUCAUGGUUGGUGAUGAUCAAUGAAUUAAAUCAUAUAAAUCAAGGUUGACUAUUCAAAGAAAUUUUGAUACAAGGUCGAGGUGAAAUUGAGAUAAAUUAAUUUUCAAUGUUUGGACAGUGAUGGACAUUCAUAUGAAUCGAUAUUUUGUUCAGUCCUGACUCCUGACUAAAUUUGACACUGAUUUAUAAAAUCAAGUCAACAAGAUGAUGAAAAUGAAUUACCUUCUUACACUACAUGUAGAGUAUAAAAAGAUUGAAUCUAUAACAAGAAAUUUAUUUGAGAUACUGUUUAGCGAUUGCCGAUAGGAUACAGCUGCUAUUGCAUAGUGUUAAUCCGUUACAGCAGGGGUGUGUAACAUUUUUUGUCAGUAGGGCAUAUAAACAACUUUAAACAUCUAGCCUAGCCUCACAAAAAUGCGGAAUGUGGCUAGCCUAUCGUUUAGCCUUACAAUAAUAAAAGUACCUCGCGCGAAAGCGAAACUGCUAUAAGGUGUGCAAUUUUUGAUGACGUCAGCGCACAUGAAAAACGAAUCCCAGAACCCACAAAGUUUUCUCCAACACACAGGAACUGACACAAAAUUUUAUCUUUAUUAUGUACACUGUACAUAUUUAAAUAAUUAUUGUUGUUUAGGUACACGUUUGUUGAUAUUUUGGGUAUUUUGUAUUGCGUAAGAAAGAAUCAAAAUAAUUACCAUUGUUUCUCAUGGCAAAAUAAGUUCCAGUACUCGGACAAAUCGUUAGUCGAACACUAAUCCGGAACGAAUUAUAUUAGACUAGCGAAGUAUCAUUGUCUGCUUGUAGGCGAAAUGGAAAAGGGAAUAAAAAUAUUCUUAAUCACAGAAAAUAUUUUUUAAAUAAAUAAAAAGUUUUUAAAACACAAUGACAAUAACAUACAGAUUUCUAGAUGAAACAGACUUUGAAAAAGUUUCACAGUUUUAUGUAAACGAAUUUUUUCCAAGAGAGCCAAUAGGAUUUGCAUUGAAAGGAGUCAGCAAAGAUGCGGAACUGUAUGCAGAUAUUGAGAUAAGACCAAAGUUAUCACAAAAGAAUUCUGUUGGAGCUUUUAAUGAAUCUGGAGAACUGGUUGGGAUGAACAUUAUGGACUUCGAAUUAAAUGGGAAUCAAUCAUUUAAAGAAAAUGAAGAAUUACCAUUAUAUUACAGGCAAUUUUUCAAGUUGGAAGAAGCGCUCAUUGACGGCAAUUUAGAAGAUUGUAUAGGAACAAAAAACUAUGCAAACUGCCAUAUCCUGGGUAUCAGAAGUGAUUACGCUGGACUAGGAAUUGCAACUGAAUUAUGUAAAAAGAUAGAAGUCACAGACAAAGAAUGCCAAGCAGUUUAUGCAGUCGCUACCAGUUACUACUCCCAAAAGAUUAUGAAAAAAUUUGGGUUCAAAUUCAUAAAAACAAUCGCAUAUAAGGACUAUGUGGAUCCAAUAACUGGUUGUAAAAUAUACAGCAAUAUGCAAAGCCCACAUGAAUGUGUUGCAUUAGCAGUGAAAUAUCUGAACUAAAACUUUCAUAACAUCCAAGAACUAUUUUGGCCAAAUAUUAUAGUAUUGUGUAUCAUAUAUCAGUAUACCCACAGGCCACAACAAACAUUU